AUGAAUAUGCUGAAUUCGCUCGAGGCGAUCGCCGGCAAGAUCUCGCCCGGGUCGGGCAAAAAUUCGCCCACCACACCGAACGGCGGCCUGCCCGGUGGGCCGGUGGCGGCCGGCGCCGGCGAGCUGAUCGACAGCAAUGGCAACACCAACAAGCUGCUCAGCGGGUACCAUCUGCGGACCAAGCUGCCGUACCAGAAGCCGGGCCUCAGCAACAACAACAACAACUGCAACGUGGUCAACAACACGCCGGCCGCGGCCACGGCGCCCGUUCCGGUGGGGCUGCUCAGUCCGCAGGCCGUGGCCCUUCUCGCGGUCGGCAGCAUCGCGAACAGUGCCGGGGCCGUCGGCAGCAACACAAGCAUCGCCGGCCUCUGCAGCCCGACCGGCGGGGGCGUUGGCAACAGCGUCCCCGGCGGCCCCCUCGCGACUGCCCUCAUCAGCCACCAUCGGACCGCGAACGGGACCAGCGACAUGAUAAUGGUGGACGACGUGCAAAUGAUGGGCGUAUCGUCCAAAGAAAAUGCCAUCAUGAACACGGCCAACAGUAAUGCGAACAACGUGAACCUCAGCCCGGGAAGCAACAACAAUAACAAUCAUACCCUGAACAACAACAAUCCGAAGGUGAUAAACAAUAAUAUGGCGCUAACGCCGGGCUCGGACGUGAGCAUCAAAUCGGCGGCGUGCCAGGACCACGACGAGGAAGUCGUGGGCGACCAGCCCGACCCAGACUACAUCAAGAUGUUCGUGGGUCAAGUGCCACGCUCGAUGGACGAGCAGCAGCUGAAGGAGAUGUUCGAGGAGUUCGGGCGCGUCCACCAAAUCAACGUGCUGCGGGACAAAACAUCCGGCCAAAGCAAGGGGUGCUGUUUUGUGACGUUUUACACGCGAAAAGCAGCCCUUAAAGCUCAGGACGCGCUGCACAACAUCAAGACCCUCGUCGGGAUGCACCAUCCGAUCCAGAUGAAGCCCGCUGACAGUGAAAACCGAAACGAACGCAAACUGUUCGUGGGAAUGCUGAGCAAAAAGUAUAACGAGAACGACGUCCGGCACCUCUUCUCGGGCCACGGUAUCAUCGAGGAGUGCACGGUGCUUCGCGACCCGUCCGGGCAGAGUAAAGGCUGCGCGUUCGUGACAUUCGCCACCAAGCAGUCGGCGAUCAGUGCGAUUAAGCAACUGCACCAGAGCAAAACGAUGGAAGGCUGCUCGGCGCCACUGGUCGUGAAGUUUGCCGACACGCAGAAGGAAAAGGACGCCAAGCGGAUGCAACAGAUGCAGUCGAACCUGUGGAACAUUACCGGCAUCAAUCAGCCGAUUACGCAGUCGGUAACGCCCCUGACCGCGACCGCCCACCCGAACCCACCGCAGCAGCAGACACCGUUCCUAGCGGCCGACGCCAUCUCCCCGCCGAUGACGCUGCUCCAGCAGCUGCAAGCCGUCGCGCAACAGCAGCAAAUCCUGCAAGGACUAAGCGCACAGACUGACACGAGCUCCGCAACUGCCGCCGCCAACCUUCUGGGACCUCUUUCGAUGCAGAACCUGGUGACGCUGGCCGCAAUGGCGCAACCGUCGCUGCAAACUGCGGCCGCAGCAGCUGCCCAGACACCGGUCUCGGCCAUCAGCAAUGCAGCGACAUCCUUGUCCAGUCUAUUAGGGAAGACAGCGACGUCAGGGACUACCGGAGCCGAAGCCGCCAGCAGCCUGACAUCAUACGCCGCCUUACCGCAGUUUGGCUCCGCCGCAGCCACUGCAGCAUUCACCCCGACGCCUUUAAAUACACCGACGCUAGCGCAAGCGGCGGUGGCAGCCGCUGCCGGAAAGCAGAUCGAAGGACCGGAAGGUUGCAAUCUGUUUAUCUAUCACCUGCCACAGGAAUUCGCCGAUACGGAUCUGGCGUCGACGUUCCUUCCGUUCGGUAACGUUGUGUCGGCGAAGGUGUUCAUCGACAAGCAGACGAACCUAUCGAAGUGCUUUGGUUUCGUGUCGUUCGACAACGUGUCGUCGGCCCAGGCCGCCAUCCAGGCGAUGCACGGUUUCCAGAUCGGAACCAAGCGGCUGAAGGUGCAGCUGAAACGCUCGAAGGACGCCUCGAAGCCGUACUAGGAGUUGGAACAGCUGGCGGCAACAGUGAACGCGCGGCUCCUCCGGUGCUGUGCCGCUGCCGUCGCCACCGCCACCGCCGCCACCAUCAUCGCAAGCGCAACAAUCAAUCGACGAACCAUGGCCAACACUAAGAACCACAGCAUCAUCACCACCAUCCCCCCAACUACCACCACCACCAACGACCUCUUGUUCAGCGGCAGUUCCACGGUCGGCCAGGGAACGAACAAAGUCACCAGUCCGUCCUGAG